CCACGGAGUCCGUUCGGGAUACCAAGGCAAUCUUUGCCGCUUUGACAGAAAUGCAAAGACAGGAAAUCUACGAAUGGCUCCACGCAACAGACCCGUCUACAUUGCAUCACCAGGCCUGCGAUCGCUACGAGAUCGGAACAGGGGAUUGGGUACUUCGCUUGGACCAGUGGAAGGCUUGGCUGGAGGGUGGUUCGCGUUCAAUUUGGAUCCGCGGAAUACCCGGGGCUGGCAAGACCAUCUUAGGGUGCCCUGACCAAAGCUCUUUAAUUACGAGUAUUUCGUGUUCUAUCGUCUGGAAUUGACCCACUUUUCAUGGAAUUGGACAGGCCCUGGUUGACAUGCCUCUGAGCUUCCUUCAUUCUUUGUUAUUUCCUUCAUUCUUGACUCGGAAUGUCCUCAUUUCAUUCGGAAUGCCCUCUUUCGGGCUG